GUUCGCCAUUGGCUGGUUCAAACUGGUGGGGAACUUAAACGCUACGCUGAGCGUCGCGCGGCUUGUGUGUUUUUUUCUUUCGGGCGCAGUGAGCAAAGACGUUUCUAGUUCAGUGAGUUGUCGAACAAACAGUGUGAGACUAUGGCUGAGAACGAGUCCGGGGACACUAAUGAGCGCUACGAGUUUGAUGCCCCGUCCCACGUCGUGGACUUCAAGGAGCUGCUGGAUGCUGAAACCGACGACAAGUGGUUUGAGCUGCAUGCUGAGGGAGGAAGUGGUCAGCUUAUCACACCUUCAAGACCUAAACCAGGGGACACUUCAGUCCCUCAGACCAAUUUGGAUGGGGACUCUGGUCCCAGCAUAUCUGCAUCUCCACCUGCGAACAUCGUGACAUCCUGGGGUGCAAAUGAUGCCCAACCAAAACGGAGGAUUGUUAAUCCAGUUCCUGCACAGCCACGCAGGGUUUCAAAGCGUAAAGAAAUAACCAGCGGUCCAGCUGUACCACCAUCCAAAAAGUACAAAGAGAGUGGGGAGCUGAUUUCCAGGCUGGGUCCCCGCAGGAGUGAGCGGUUGAAUUCCAAGGGGAGCCAUCAGAGCCGUGCAGCAGCUUCCACCUCCACACUCACAGAGCCGAGUACCUCUGAGGAGCAGGAGCUGGAGCGCAUCAGGAACCUCCAGAAGGAAGUUGCUCUGCAUCGCAAGAAGAAUGAGGCCAGCUACAAGGCUGCACUGGCUGGCAAUCCACCACCAAAGAAGAUGGUCCUAUCUACAACUGUGCCAAAAGACUUCCACUUCAAUACGGACACCCGUGUUAAGGCAUCCGCUUCAUCCAACGUAGAGAAGGAAGUGGACUUUGUCAGUCAGCUCCGCAAACCUUCCUCUCCAGCAAAGGCUCGGACAGGUGCUACAGUGCCCAAACCCUUCAACUUGUCGACAGGUAACAAGAGGAAGGCGGACGACCCAAAGGCUUAUGUGCCCAUGGCCCAGCAGAUCGAGCAGUUCCAGAAGCGAACCCCCACCCGUUAUCAUGUGCACAGUCGUAGAAGUCAAGAGAGAGGACCCACCACAGCAAAGGGUAACCACCUGAAGCUCACUCACCCUCACUCCCCACACCUCAUGACUCGCCAGAGGAGCAGGCCACCUACUGUUAAGUGCACUGCUGAGCUGGAGGCCGAGGAGGCAGAAAAAUUAGCAAACUUUAAAAUCAAGGCUCUGGAGCUGAACAGGAAGAUACUGGAGUCUGCAGAGAAUGUGAAAAAGCCAGCAGUGAAGGAGCCCACAGUACCUGAAGGCUUUGAGCUGGAGAUUGAAAAAAGGCUCCAGGAGAGACAGGUCACCAAGAAGCCCCAGGAAGGUGAAGAAAAGUCCCAAAACUUUAAAGCCAGGCCUCUGCCCAAAAAGGUUCUGGAAGGAGUUGUGGGAUUGCCUGAAAAGAAAGUUGCAAAUCCAACUGUGCCAGAGUCUCCUGCCUUUGCCCUUAAGAAGAGGGUUCGAAUGGACCACAAGGCUGUGGAAGUGAAACAACCCUCGCCAGUUAAGGCCCCUCCAGUGCCUCACUUUGGCCUACCCUUCCAGCCCCGGCUCCCAGAGAACCACCGUGUGGAGGUCUGUCCUUUCUCCUUUGAACAGAGGGAGCGUGAAAAGAGGGCUUUGAAAGAGAAAAAGUUGGAGGAAAAGCAAAAUGAAGAGGCACCACAGUUUAAGGCCCAGCCUCUACCUGACUUUGAGACUGUGGUCCUCCCAGAGAAGAAGAAGCUGGAGCCUACAAAGCCUGAGCCCUUUAGGCUGCUCAUAGAUGAACGGGGAGCUGUGAAGAACAGUCGCUGGGAACAGAUGGUGAAAGAAGAACAGAAACAUCAAGAGGAAGUGACAGCAUUUAAAGCAAGGCCCAACACAGUCAUUCAUAAGGAGCCUUUCCGGCCCAAGAAAGAGACCCGGCCUGCAGUGGACAAUAAUUCUUCCACAGUUGUAGAGGCCUUUGAGCUGGCCACAGAGCGGCGUGCCCGGGAGUGGCAGGAGUAUGAGCGACUGGCCUGUGAGAAAGAGGCUCUCCGGGCACAGAUGGAAGCAGAGCAGAGACGAGAGGAAGAGCAGAAGGAGAAGGAGGAGAUUGCCAGGCUGCGGCAGGAGCAGGUGCACAAGGCUCAGCCCAUCAGACACUACAAACCUGUAGCAGUGAAGAAGAGCGAGGUUCCCCUCACAGUCCCAGAGUCCCCAAACUUCUCUGAUCGCUUCCGCUUGUGAAUGUAACUCUACCACAGCCCCCCCACCCUUCAUAUUGAUGUUGUCUUACAUGGUUUUUAAGUCAGUAGAAACCUGACUCUGAAGUUGUAAAUACAUGUUUUCUAUUUUAAAUUGCUAAAUCUUUUUCCUGUUUUCUAGCUUUAGGUUUUAACUGCCUGAUGUACACGCUUGUUGCAUUAUUCUGACUGUUCUAAAGUACAAAAUAAAGCGUCGUCACAACCCA